GAAGAAGAACUUUGACAUUUUCUUUCUUUUUGCAAAUUACCAUCCAUUUUGCCCUCGUGGAUUUGUUAACUUUUUGUGUAAAAUAAUAUAAGAUAUAUCAAAUCCAUAAGAUGCCAGCUGUUGACAUUAAAUCUUCGUGGGCCGAUGAGGUGGAGCUUGAUUACGGUGGUCUACCUCCACCAACCGAAGUAAUUGAAAAUGGUUUCAAGUACGUCACAGAGUAUAAAUAUAAUAAAGAUGACAAGAAAACCAAAGUUGUGCGCACAUACAAAAUCACAAAGGAGGUGGUACCGAAAACAGUGGCCAAACGCCGUACAUGGCCAAAGUUUGGUGAAUCCAAGAAUGAUAAACCUGGGCCAAAUUCCCAAACAACCAUGGUCGCCGAAGAAAUCUUUAUGCAAAUCUUGAACACCAAGGAGGAGGAGAAGAGCAAUGAUCAACUUUUGGAUCUUAGCAAGAACAUCGCCAAGUGUCGUAUUUGUAAUGGUGAGCAUUGGUCCGUCAACUGUCCGUACAAGGGUACCUCGAUGGAUACAAAUCUUAUGGAGAAAAAGGCUUCGGCUGCUGCCGCCGCUGCUACAGAAGCUCCCAAACCUGGCAAGUAUGUGCCCCCGUUCCUCAAGGACAGUCAAAAGGGAGGCAUUGGUGGUAUACGUGGUCGCGAUGACACAGCCGCUAUUCGCAUUUCAAAUUUGUCCGAGUCCAUGACGGAACAAGAUUUAGAGGAACUUAUUAAGCGUAUUGGACAACAUACCAAAAUGUAUUUGGCACGCGACAAAAAUACUGGCCUAUGCAAAGGCUUUGCUUAUGUUCACUUCCGCCAACGUAAAGAUGCUGCUGCUGCAAUUGAAAUUCUCAACGGACAUGGUUAUGAUCAUUUGAUUCUUAGUGCGGAAUGGUCCAAACCUCAAAAUAACUGAUACGUCGUAAGAGAUUCCACAAACACAACAUACAACAACAAUAAAUAAAAGUCAAUAAGAGAAGCAGCAGUCUUUUAUACAAUCACAUACAUAUAUCUAAUUAUCUAGAGUACAGGCGUUGAGAAUUUUGAAAAAUGAAAACGUUUGUUAAUACUACGUUCGCUGAAAAUGGAAAAAACAAUUUAGAAUGUAAGGUUACAAUAAAAACUGGUAACCAAAGA